AAGCUUCUUGAUCAUCCAUAUUUGACAAAGUGGGCCAUGCAUUGUACAGUUCCAUUUGAGAAAAAGAAAUGUAAGUAAGGGCUUCUUGUUAGCAAAUAUUUAUGUACACAGGUACAGAGAGAGAGAGAGAGAGAGAGAUAGUUGGCUUCUGGUCUUUGACUCUUUGGGGGUUCAGUAGAUUGGGAAAUGAAUUCGACAGGGUUAUCUUCCGUUUUCUCUGGUUUCAGUGAUGCAGCUGGAAUUGCUGGGAACAUCUUCGCCUUCGUGUUAUUUUUGUCACCCAUACCAACAUUUAGGAGAAUUAUCAGAAGCCGAUCAACAGAACAGUUCUCUGGAUUGCCUUAUAUAUAUGCUCUCUUGAACUGUUUGAUCUGUCUCUGGUAUGGCAUGCCCAUCGUAUCACCUGGUAUCAUAUUGGUUGCAACAGUCAAUUCAAUUGGGGCAAUUUUCCAGUUGAUCUACAUAAGUAUCUUCAUCUGGUAUGCCGAUAAAGGUAGAAAGUUAAAGAUGUCAGGACUACUGGCUGCAGUAUUUGCAGUAUUUGCUGUGAUAGUCUUUGUGAGCGUGAAUUUUUUUUACUCUCAUGCUCGGCAGAUAUUUGUCGGAUAUUUAAGUGUUUUUUCUCUCAUUUCCAUGUUUGCGUCUCCUCUUUGUGUCAUUAAUUUGGUGAUUAAGACAAGGAGUGUUGAAUACAUGCCUUUCUAUCUCUCCCUUGCAACCUUAGUGAUGAGUGUCUCUUUCUUUUCAUAUGGAAUGUUGAAGUUUGAUCCUUUCAUUUAUGUCCCAAAUGGAAUUGGAACAAUUUUGGGUAUAUGUCAAUUGGUGUUGUACUCAUAUUAUAGCAGCAAAUAUGGCGAAGACUCGAGAGAACCCUUGUUAGCCCCGUAUGCCUGAGCAUAUCAAUUGGCAAUGAUUCAUGGAGUUUGAUUCUGAUAUACUAAUUGAAAGUUGCGGCAUUUCGACAGAUAAAUGCUGCUGCAUGGUCAUUAAAAAAGUGGAUUAUUAUUAAAUCAUCAAUGGAUUUUAAUGAUUCUCAAGGAACUUGAUGCAGUCUCGUCAAGAGAAGAAGAGAAUAAGAGGAGUGAUAGCGAAAGGAUAAAAUUUCUUGCUUGCUCCUGAGGGGUUCUGUUGAUGACUACCAAUCAUCUAUUACAGUGGUAACCUCACUGUCUAUGAUAAUGCCACGGCAAUCGACUGUGUCAAUACACCACCUUUGCCAAUUUUAUGCUACUGCUUUGGCUUUUGUUGCAACAUUAUUGUUAACUAGCAAUCAUAUUGAUUGUUUUUUUUUUUUUUUAUUUGUAAUUAGCAAUCCUGUUAGUUGUUCCCUACUACAGAUGUGAAGUCUGAAAAUUUAUCAGAUGUUUGAUUCCCUUCAUGCUCCCAUUUUCUGUGGAUAAGUUGGAAGCACUUCAAAUUAGAAUGCCAAAAAUGGGACAUAUUACACUGUUGAUAUUUCUUUUUUAGUUAAACGGAGAAUUAGAACUUACAA